CUUCCGGUUUGUCCGAAAAGUUGUAUCAUUCCGUCAAAAAUUGCUUAUUUUUAACAGAAAAUACUUUAGGACAUUAAACCAAUCAUGCAGUAUCGAUAGAAAAUAUUUAAAUCAUUUAUAUUAAUUCGUUAUUUGUUUGUGUUAAUUUGAAAAAGUGACAUUUUCUUAUAAAUCGCGUUGCAGAAAGGUCGUAGUAGGAGACAUGUGUCCUCAUCCUGAAGUGAAACACAGUUUAAUUUGUGUAGUGUUUUGAUGAAGAUGUGGAGGACAGGACUGGUCUGGAGAAGAUGCAGACUUCACACCUCCACCUGCUCCUCAAAAGCAUCAAACAUCUCCAGACCACAGGCUGAAAAACAGAAACGUAAAAGGGAACGAGAAAAGGCCAUUUUAUCAAGUCAGUCGACCAAAGACGAGGGACUGAACUGGACCGAGAAAGAGAGAAUUGUUUACACGGCCCAAACUCCCCCUGGAGAAAAGAAAGACACCAGUGUAGCGUUUCCUGCCGCCUACAGCCCGGAGUAUGUGGAGUCGAGCUGGUACCAGUGGUGGGAGAAGGAGGGGUUUUUCAGACCGGAGCAGCACGAGCGUGUGCCUCAUGCCGUGGAGCGCACCUUCUCUCUGUGUAUCCCUCCGCCCAACGUGACGGGGACUCUGCACCUGGGCCACGCUCUGACUGUGGCGGUGGAGGACGCGCUGGUGCGAUGGAGGAGGAUGAAGGGUCACAGGGUGCUCUGGGUCCCCGGCUGUGACCACGCCGGGAUCGCAACACAGACGGUGGUGGAGCGGAGACUCCAGAGAGAGACGGGGAAGAGGAGGCAGGACCUGAGCAGAGACGAGUUCCUGAAGGAGGUUUGGAAAUGGAAGGAAGAAAAAGGAGAAGAGAUUUACCACCAGCUGAGGCAGAUGGGAGCCUCGCUGGACUGGACCAGAGCCUGUUUCACCAUGGACCCAUCUUUCAGUCGAGCCGUGACUGAGGCGUUUGUGCGUCUGUGUGACUCUGGACUCAUCUAUCGCUCCGAGGCUCUGGUGAACUGGAGCUGUGCCCUGCAGUCGGCCAUUUCUGACAUAGAGGUGGACUCCAAGGAGCUGUGUGGGAGGACUCUGCUGCGUGUGCCUGGUUAUGAUCGACCAGUGGAGUUCGGGACGAUGGUCACGUUUGCUUAUCCCAUCGAAGGCCACGAUGGAGAAGUGUCGGUGUCCACGACUCGCCCUGAGACGAUGUUGGGAGACGUGGCCGUAGCGGUUCAUCCUGAUGAUCCCAGAUACCAGGCUGUUCAUGGGAAACAGUGCAGACACCCGUUCACUGGAGCUCUCCUGCCAAUCAUCACCGACUCCACAGUGGACAUGCAGCUGGGGACGGGUGCUGUGAAAGUGACCCCAGCUCAUGACCACUCAGACUUCCUCCUCUCCCAGAGACACUCCCUGCCUCGCGUCACUGUGAUCGGGGAGGACGGCACCAUGACGCCCCCCUGUGGAGACUGGCUGCAGGGCGUGAAGAGGUUUGAGGCUCGGCUGCAGGUGGUGGACGCUCUGGUGGAGAAGAAACUGUUCAGAGGGAAACAGGAGCACAGCAUGGCUCUGCCCAUCUGCAGUCGAUCAGGAGACGUGAUUGAGCCUCUCCUGAAGAAGCAGUGGUUUGUGCAAUGUAAAGAGAUGGCGGCUAAAGCAAUUCAGGCUGUAGAAGCUGGAGAACUGGAGAUCAUCCCUCACUUUUACACUAAAACGUGGAAGAACUGGCUCUCCAACAUCAGUGAUUGGUGCAUCUCCAGACAGCUGUGGUGGGGACAUCAGAUCCCGGCGUACAGAGUGGAGCUGCCCAACGCCUCCGACACGAACGAGCAGUGGGUUUGGGGUCGGAGUGAAGACGAGGCCCGUCACAGAGCCUCAGUCAAGUACGGAGUCACACCUGAAAGUAUCUCACUGACACAAGAUCCUGAUGUUUUGGACACUUGGUUUUCCUCUGGGCUCUUCCCCUUCGCGAUGCUGGGCUGGCCUCAACAGACUAAAGACCUGGAGCAGUUCUAUCCAAACUCGCUGCUGGAGACGGGCAGUGAUCUGAUCUUCUUCUGGGUGGCACGCAUGGUGAUGUUGGGCACUGAGCUCACCGGGCAGCUGCCGUUCAAACAGGUCCUGCUCCACUCGCUGGUCCGGGACAAACACGGGCGGAAAAUGAGUAAAUCUCUGGGAAACGUUAUUGACCCGCUGGACGUCAUCCACGGCUCGUCUCUGGAGAGCCUGCAGCAGAAGGUCAGGGCCGGAAACCUGGAUCCCCGGGAGCAGCUGGUUGCCAUGGAAGCACAGACCAAAGACUUCCCAAAGGGGAUUCCUCCGUGUGGGACAGACGCUCUGCGCUGGGCCCUCUGCUCCCACAGGACCCAGGGGGAGGACAUAAACCUGUCCAUGGCCCAGGUCGUGAGCUCCAGACACUUCUGUAAUAAAAUGUGGCAGACGGUGAGGUUCGCUCUGGGGGUUCUGGCCAACGGCACCGCAGUGGAAACUCUGGAAAAGCUGGCUCCUCUGGGCCGGAUGGAGCGCUGGGUCCUGUCCAGACUCUACUCCACAGUGCGGCAGUGUGAGCAGAGCUUUGAGACGUACGAGCUGCACAUUGUGACCUCAGCGCUGCACGCUUUCUGGGUCAACAGCCUGUGUGACGUGUACAUGGAGUACAUGAAGCCCCUAUUGUCUCCGCACACAGAGGGCACAGAGGGACGCGUGGCCUGUAGCGUCCUGUUCCACUGCGUGUCCACAUCUCUGGCCCUGAUCAGUCCCUUCAUGCCCUUCAUCACAGAGGAGCUAUGGCAGCGUCUCCAGCCUCACCAGCCUCUUCCUCCUGUUCCUCCCUCCUCCAGCCUGUGCCUGCAGCCUUACCCCUGCUCACAACAACUGGCGCCCUGGUACUUCCCUGAUGAGGAGAGGGACUUCCUGUUCGUGCAGGAAGUGGUGAGGGUGGCCCGGUCAUUGCGAGCUCAGAGCGGACUCACCAAAGAGAGACCUGAAAUGUGGGUGGAGUGUUCCUCAUCACAGGCUCAGAUCAUCCAGGACUACAGCGCUGCCCUCAAAACCCUGGGUCGAGUGUCCAGUGUCCGGCUCCUCUGUCCCCCCACACAGAGAGAAGACCUCGGCCCGUCCUCCUCUGGUCCUCCUAAAGGCUGUGUGGUGGGAGUGGUCGACCACACCUGCAAACUGCACCUGGAGGUCAAGAUUGGAGUAAAUGUGGACAAGCAGAUGGCUGAACUGUCCCAGCGUAGAGACAGGCUCAGACCCAAACUAGAGCAGCUCCUCAGCAGAGUCCAGGCCCAGGAACACCACAACAAAGUUUCCCCACACGUCAGAGAAGCGCUCGCCAGAAAGGUGUCCGCCCUGGAGCAGGAGCUGAAGAACAUAGAGGAGCAGCUACAGCAGCUGACCCAGCUCAGCCAGGACCACGCACAAUAAUGAGAGCAUAUGUAUGAGUGUGUGUGUGUCUGUGUAUGUGUGUUUGUGUGUGCACGCAGACCUGAGCCACGUGAAGCUCAUCCACUAUUUACACUCUGACCUUCUGUGAUUGGGCCGUGUGUUCUCGUGUGCUCAGAGCUCUGUGCCUCUGGAUCAGUGCUCCAGUCCAUCACAGAACUACAUUAUCUUACAUCUCUUUACACGUGGCCGGCUGCUGUGGUCUGAAGAAUGGAGGUAAUGCUUUCUCGUUGAGUGCAUCAUAAUUCAUCUAUGUUUUAUUGAAUAUACAAGUGCAGGGAGCAGUGUGCAAAGGAUCACUGUAAGAAAAAGGAACGAUUACAUUAAUGGUUUUGGAAAAGGAAUCUAUUUCUCUCUCAAACGAUAAUCUAUCCAUCCAUUUUCUUCUGCACAUCUGGGGCCGGGUCGCGGGUGCAGCUGUCUAAACAGGGACUAGCAGACUUACUUUUUUUUUUUUGCUUCAUUUACACGUUUCAUUAUUCUUGUUUAUGAGGUCCUCUUUCUCUGAAAUCUAAAGAAAUUCCCCGGAUUGUGACGUCAUAGGCAAAGUUCUGCUGGAAUUUUGAUAAUAAGAUGGUUUAUAUCACUGUACUCUGUUGUAAGGUCAGAUGAGUAGGGAUGCAUCUGCUGUUGUCAAUAAAAUGUAUUUAUUAAUAUAA